AUGUGUGCAGGCUCGGCGCUGCGGCAGGAGCACCGGCAGGACUACGGGCAGGAAUUGCGGCAGGAGUUCCACCGGGAGUACCGGCGCUCUCUGCAGCGGGAGUUCGGCCCCGCCGGGACCUGCCCCGGCCCCGCCGUGGCGGAGCGGCUGCGGCAGCGGCUGCAGCAGGAGCCGGCGCUGCUGGAGGCCCUGCAGGAGGACGCCCUGGCACUGCUGGCCCGGGGGCUGCGGGACCAGCCCGACCCCGGGCUGGCGCUGCGAGGCCUGGCCAGCGCCUUCCGGCUGCUGGAGCUGGCGGCCGUCAACCUCUACCUCUUCCCGUGGCGCCGGGAGUUCGGCACCAUCCCGACCUUCUCCGGCGCCUACGUGCACCUGCUGCGCCCGGCGCUCCCCGAAGCCGACCUGGUGCGGAGUUUGGGCCGGCUGGGCUACGAGCGGCGGGAGCGGCACCGCCUGGCCGUGGGCCGGCUGCCCCCGGGGCCCGCGCUGAUCGCUGCCGCUGUCGGCUUCCUGGCCUGCCGCCUGGAGUGUGAGAUCCUGGCAGAGCUGGCGCUGCAGCUGCGGGGGCCCCGCGCCGAGGAGCUGCUGGAGGCGCGGCACCGGGCUGGGGGUGCCAAGGGGUGCCUGGAGACGCUGCAGGACCUGGGGAUGCGGCACAGGGUGGCUGCUGACUGCGGUGAUGGCGUGGAUCUCUACCAGGAGAGGCCAGACAGCCCUGAGGACACGGGCAGCAAGGACACAGCCCCCCCAGCGCUGUGGAGGGACCCUCAGAACCUGAUCACGAGGGGCUGGGGCCACUGUGACAGCACACUUGGGUCAGAGCCUGUGGGCAGCGCUGAUCCAGACACCUCCUCUCACCUGUUCCCAGAGCCGGAGCUGGUGGGGACCGGCAGAAGUCCCCAGGUACCGGGGGAGCCCCAGGAUACCCCCCAGGCCACUCCAGAGCUGCCCUGCUACCAGCUGCACUCGUGCCUGCAGCAGGGCAUGCUGCCCUCAUACUGCUGCAGCACGUGCCGGCAGCUGCACGGGGGCGGCUGCGCCCUGGGCCGUGCCUGCCGCAGCCAGCACCGCGGGCAGGAGCUGCGCGGGGAGCGGCAGCAGCGCCUGUGGCUGCAGCGCACCGAGCUGGACAUGCUGCUGGCCCAGGGCUCUGUGCCCCAUUCCUGA